CUGUGUAGGCUACAGCAGAGAAGAUGUGUCCCACUGCAACCCUGAUGGUGAUGCUGAUAUUUGGCAUGCUGGGAUUUUUUGUUGAGGGAACAACCUCUGAAAUUGGACGGUACGAAAAGUCUAUCAGCAAUGACAACAGAAACUAUUUCAGGAAAAGACAGUAUAUCCAGAGCAGCAAUGAAAUACCGAGGAGUCUUGAGAUUCAGGAUUUUAAAAUAAACAUACUUCCUACCAGCGGCAAAGUCAAUCUCCCAACUAUGGUCAAGCUCUUCUCUGGAUCCACCAAACCUUUGCACCUGCACGCUAACCUCCCUCUACGCUUUGGCCGAGAAAGCGAUCUAGGAGACCGGUUGCCAAAAUCUACUCUUAAUUUACCUCAACGCUUUGGAAGGUCGGGUACAGAGAUUCAGUCAUGCUCCGAAUGCCCCCACCUUGGAGUAGUGCCUUCCGCUACCUUGCCUCAAAGAUUCGGAAGAAACUCCCCGUUCCGGAACCUCUUCCGAACCAAAGGCCACGCACGUAUUAUUAAGGCUGUCCCAGGUCCAAAGACUGUGAAUUAACUCGCAGCUCAGUAGAAGACGGAACUGCGGUGACAAUUACACAUUCUGAGCUCAUCAAUAUUGACUUGAGCGCUGUGGCCUUUUUAGAACGAACAACCGAACGUUUCUACAGCCAUGUCUAAGUUUAUAGGCAUACUAGAUGUUGUGAAUUGAUGUGUUAUUGUCCGAUGUUUGCCAUUCCAUUAGUCUAUGUACUGUAGGCUGAAUGCACAUAUAAAAAUAAUUAUU